UAAAUAUUUUCUAAUUUUGUUUCCAGAUAUAAAAUGACAACCUCAGCCCCUGCUACGCCCAAUGUAGCCGCCCUCAGCAAUAAGAAUGUUAAUUCUCCGCUCAGAUCUAAAGAGGUGUUGUUGCCUCUGAACAAGGUUAAGUUGAUAAUGAAGAGUUCUCCAGAGGUGGAAAAUAUAGGAACAGAGAGUCUUUUUCUCAUCACUAAAGCAACUGAGUUGUUUAUUAUGUACCUGACCAAACUCAGCCAAAGACAUGGAAAUGUAGAGGAGUUAACAUACGCGGACCUAGCUUCAAUUGUAGCUAGAAAGGACAGUAUGGAGUUCCUUCAAGAUAUUGUUCCAAAGAAGAUUAAAUAUUCUGAGUACCUCGAGAUUAUGGAGAAAGAAAACCAAGUAGAGGACAGCCUCUACUAGGAACCUGUUGAGGACCGCCUCUAUUACCUGUUGAGGACAGCUUCUUUUAGAUUCGAUUAGGACUCUGGCAGCCUCUGAUUUAUUUUGAGGACAGCCUCUAUUAGACAUCUGUAAAGGACAAUCUCUUUAACAUGUAGUAGACAGUCUCUACAAGAUUACGUUAAGGACAACCUUUGAUUUCUGUUGAGGACAGUCUCUACUAGAUUACGUCAAGGACAACCUCUGAUAUUUGUUGAUGACAGCCUCUACUAAAUCACGUUAAGGAAAGGUGUUGAGGACAUCCUCCACUAGAUUUGUGUAAAGGACAAUUUCUAUAUUAUCAAAGUAUAGGACAUCCUGUACAAGAUAAAGGUUAAGGAUACCCGCUUCUUUUUCAUAGUGCGGGACAGACUCUUCUAGAUCUCAGGAGAGAACAGCCUCCAUUAGAUUCCGAUAGAGGAUAGUUUCUAUUAUACAAAAAAAAGAGGUCAACCUUCACUUUAUCACAGUAGAGGACAACCUUUAUUAGAUCAAAGCAGAGGACAACCUUUUUUAGAUCAAGAUAGAGGACUGAGAACCUUUAUUAGAUCAAGAUAGAGGACUGAAAACCUAUAUUAGAUCAAGAUAGAGGACUGAAAACCUAUAUUAGAUCAAGAUAGAGGACUGAAAACCUAUAUUAGAUCAAGAUAGAGGACUGAAAACCUAUAUUAGAUCAAGAUAGAGGACUGAAAACCUAUAUUAGAUCAAGAUAGAGGACUGAAAACCUUUUCAUGAUAAUGCUAGAGAACACGCUCGACUAAAUUAAUGUCUAAAAUUGUCUUCUAUACUGCAUUAUGAUAAGGAAACUAAACUCUUCUUGUCUUAUAGGUCGUAAACUUGAAACUUGUUUUAGUACAAAUUGUAAUAAUGUUAACGUAACAUGAAUUAAGAAUAUCCAAGUAAAAACUGAACAUAUUUUUGUUAUUUUUAAUCAAAUAAAAAAUUGAAAUUGUGA